CGUCAGUCAAAGCGGAAGUGGCUGCUAAAGAUGGUAGCUGACAGAGUCGUGCUACGCAUGUAGCCUUCAAGCGAUAUAUUAUUCUCUUAAUAAACUAAAUACAAUAUCCACAGGUCAACUUUGUUUUGACGUAAAGGAUCAUUAGCUGAAACUGAAGAGAUAUGGGUAGCUAGCUAUCUACCUUUUCCAUGUGGGAAAAAAACGGUGGGCAGACGCUUGGUAGCUACCUAACGUUAGCUGUUUUCUACAAGGUACCUGGUGUAUGGACUUCCUGCUGUCUUCUUCUACUACAGGUCAUCUAAAGUGUAUGGACUUCCUGCUGUCUUCUUCUACUACAGGUAAUUUAAAGUGUAUGGACUUCCUGCUGUCGUCUUCUACUACAGGUCAUCUAAAGUGUAUGGACUUCCUACUGUCUUCUUCUACUACAGGUCAUCUAAAGUGUAUGGACUUCCUGCUGUCUUCUUCUACUACAGGUCAUCUAAAGUGUAUGGACUUCCUGCUGUCUUCUUCUACUACAGGUAAUUUAAAGUGUAUGGACUUCCUGCUGUCGUCUUCUACUACAGGUCAUCUAAAGUGUAUGGACUUCCUACUGUCUUCUUCUACUACAGGUCAUCUAAAGUGUAUGGACUUCCUGCUAUCUUCUUCUACUACAGGUCAUCUAAAGUGUAUGGACUUCCUGCUGUCUUCUUCUUCUACAGGUCAUCUAAAGUGUAUGGACUUCCUGCUGUCUUCUUCUACUACAGGUCAUCUAAAGUGUAUGGACUUCCUGCUAUCUUCUUCUUCUACUACAGGUCAUCUAAAGUGUAUGGACUUCCUGCUGUCUUCUUCUACAGGUCAUCUAAAGUGUAUGGACUUCCUGCUAUCUUCUUUUUCUACUACAGGUCAUCUAAAGUGUAUGGACUUCCUGCUGUCUUCUUCUACUACAGGUCAUCUAAAGUGUAUGGACUUCCUGCUGUCUUCUUCUACUACAGGUAAUUUAAAGUGUAUGGACUUCCUGCUGUCGUCUUCUACUACAGGUCAUCUAAAGUGUAUGGACUUCCUGCUAUCUUCUUCUACUACAGGUCAUCUAAAGUGUAUGGACUUCCUGCUGUCUUCUUCUACUACAGGUCAUCUAAAGUGUAUGGACUUCCUGCUGUCUUCUUCUUCUACAGGUCAUCUAAAGUGUAUGGACUUCCUGCUGUCUUCUUCUUCUACAGGUCAUCUAAAGUGUAUGGACUUCCUGCUAUCUUCUUCUUCUACUACAGGUCAUCUAAAGUGUAUGGACUAACUGCUGUCUUCUUCUUCUACAGGUCAUCUAAAGUGUAUGGACUUCCUACUGUCUUCUUCUUCUUCUACAGGUCAUCUAAAGUGUAUGGACUACCUGCUGUCUUGCCAUUGACUGCAUUGUUGUUGUUCCCAACAGCAGGACAACAUGAGUGGAGAGAGGGAAACAUUGUUGGAUGAAAUCGAACAGAGUUUAUUUACUCUAACUAAGGACAAUAUACUUUACCUGUGUGAACGUUGUGGAAUUGAUGGCUCCCAAGUUAAAGGAAAGCACCAUCGCUCAUUGCGACGUAAAAUCAUGGAGGAAAUGUGGGUAAAUGCAGAUUCAGUCAAUUCGGAGGAGCAGGGAAUGUCUUGGUUACUCCAACUGAAAGAUGACAUCAGAAAGAUACAUGAAGAAUCUACUGUGGCACCCAUGAUUCCCGGCCAGUCUGAUGACGAUGCUACAACCUGCGGCGAGGAAUGGGACAUGCAGGACAAUGAUUGGUUUCCUAGCAACGGGCUGGAGGCGGAGUCAUCUCCAGAGAGCCACACCCCAGAGCAGAGGGAGAGUGGUGACAAGCCUACUUUGCCACCUUCCUCCCUCCAGUCCUUGGGUUGUACCUCUCCCAGGAGUGCCUUAUUUCGGGGUCUGAAGAGGGCGUCUGUGUGGCUGGACGACUGCAGGAAAACACCCGGGCUGAGUGGAACUGUGAGAGGAGGAGAUGAAGAGGGAGAUUUGACUGAUCAAAGAGAGAGAUAUGACUAUCCUGGAUCCUCUGGGGCGCCUCAACAACAUCCUGAUGCUGAUGAGGCAGAGAAAAGUUUCUCCAGAUCAGAACACCUCGAGAAACAUGAAUGGAGACCCACAGGGAUGAAACAUCACCGCUGCUCUGACUGUGGGAAGAGUUGCAAAUCUUCAUCAGAACUAAAAAAACACCAGAGAAUCCAUACAGGAGAGAAACCUUAUAGCUGUUCCCAGUGUAGGAAGAGUUUUGCUCAGUUACAAGAACUGAAAGUACACCAGAGAACACACACAGGAGAGAAGCCGUAUAACUGUGAUCAAUGUGGAAAGAGUUUUUGUUAUUCAAGCCAGUUUAAAGUACACCUGCAGAGACACACAGGCGAGAAGCCUUAUAGCUGUUCAGACUGUGGGAUAAGCGUUUGUACCUCAAGUCAGCUGUUAUUGCACAAGCGAACCCACACAGAAGAGAAGCCUUACAGCUGCUUACUGUGUGAGAAAAGAUUUUCGUCAAAAUAUAGUCUGAAAUUACACCAGCGGGUCCACACUGGAGAAACAAAUUAUGGCUGCGAUCAGUGUGAGGAGAGUUUCACCUCGUCGGCAGACCUCAGAACUCACCAGAGAAUCCACACUGGAGGGAAACCUCACCUCUGCUCUCAAUGCGGGAAGCGAUUCCGCCAACAAUCGGGCUUGAAAAGCCACGAGAGGAUUCACACAGGAGAGAAACCUUUCCAGUGCUCCCACUGUGGGAAGACAUUCAGCCACAGGGCCACGUUUAAAGCACACCAGCGGACUCACACUGGAGAGAAGCCUUACCAAUGCUCCCAGUGCAGGAGGAGUUUCUCCCAAAUGGGCCACCUGAAAGUACACCAACAGACGCAUGCUAAAGUGAGGUCUCACCUCUGCCCGCAGUGUGGUAAGGGCUACUACUCUCUAGACAUCUACAAUGCACACAUGAGAACACACAACGGGGAGAAGACUCACCACUGUGCCGACUGUCCCAAGAACUUCCUCACCCUGACUCAGCUCAAAACACACCAGCGGACACACACAGGAGAGAAACCGUACGUCUGCGACCAGUGUGGGAAGAGCUUUGCCGAAUCGGGAAGCCUGACUCUACACCAGCGCUCGCACACCGGGGAAAAACCUUACCACUGCUCUGAGUGCGGGAAGAGCUUUGCUCGCUCUGGGGCACUGAAGAAGCACCAGCUUACACACACUGGGGAGAAGCCUUACAGCUGUGGUCAGUGUGGGAAGAGGUUUCCCAGGUCAGAUACUCUGGCUACACACAUGAGAACACAUACAGGAGAGAAGCCCUAUAGGUGUGAUCCAUGUGGUGAGAGGUUCUCCUAUCAUAGGUGCCUGGUGAAACACAUGAAAACACAUGUAGGAGAUACACCAGCCCUCGAGCGACCAAUCACCCUAGCCCUCGGGGUUGAAUGACCUAUCCAUCAACCAAUCACACCAGGCCUAGGGUAAAAUAUGAACAGCAUGGUAGCAAUUGAAAGAAAAACGUUGAGGGCACAACAGUUCACCUGACACAAGACUGAAUCCAAAUAUUACUGUUGAUUUGAUAUUUUCUGUACUUUAGGCCACAUUGAUAACAUGUUACUGAACAGCCAUUGCGUUCCAAUUUCAACCUGUAUACGGGUAUGAGUGUAAAGGGUUAAUGGCAUAUAAUAAUAUUGUUAGUAUUAUUAUUCUAUAUUGUUAUUAUUAUGGGUUCGUUGCUGAGUGUUGUAUUUGUGCUAUAUUUCUUGAAAUGAUUUCAGAAUGUGUUGACCCUGAUUUGUUAGAUACUCCCCCGCUCCCAGCAUUUACAAGCUGAAUUGUUAUGUUGUUGACUUGAUUAUACAUUUAGGAUGUUUCUAAAUAUCUGUUUUAUACCAGGUUCUGACAUGCAUCCUUUUGUCCUGAUCUUGUCCACAUUCUGAUUGUGACCACAUUUUAAGACGGGUGUAAACAAUCAAAGGACACCAUUGCGAUCGGAUCUUCCUGCCUACCCCCGGAGGUAUUCAGGCACACAUUGUGCUGAUGGAUCUGGACAGUGGAACCAUUUUUAAAACAUCAUAAUUAUUCCGACCUUCUAAAAUCAUUGACCGGUGUCAGCAUUGACUUAUAGCAUCAAUGUGUCAAAUAACUCAAGUAGGAAGCAUCGAUGUGUUUUAAAAUAUUAUUAUGAAAGAGUACCUGUCAAAUAACUUGCAUUCAGGUAGGGACCAGGAAAUCUGGUCACAAUGUGGACACAGUGGACGGAUAAGAGACACAUUUUAAUACCAUGUGUAGACAUAUGUCUGAAAAUGUGGGCACAAUCAGAGUUAUAUUAGAACCAAGUAUAAACAAAUCUGUGUUGUAGUCCCAAAUGCCACCCUGUUCACUAGGACGUACACUACUGUUCAAAAGUUUGUGGUCACUUAGAAAUGUCCUUAUUUUUGUCCAUUUUUAAAAUAACAUCAAAUUGAUCAGAAAUACACUGUCGACAUAGUUAAUGUUGUAAAUCACUAUUGAAGCUGGAAAUGGCUGUUACAAAAAAAAAAUGGAAUAUCUACAUAGGCCCAUUAUCAGCAACCAUCACUCCUGUGUUCCAAUGGCAUGUGUUAGCUAAUCCAAGUUUAUCGUUUUAAAAGGCUAAUUGAUCAUAAGAAAACCUUUUUGCAAUUAUGUUAGCACAGCUAAAAACUGUUGUCCUGAUUUAAAGAAGCAAUAGAACUGGCCUUUAGACUAUUUGAGAAUCUGGAGCAUCAGCAUUUAUGGGUUUGAUUACAGGCUCAAAACGGCCAGAAACAAACUUUCUUCUGAAACUCGUCCGUCUAUUCUUGUUCCGAGAAAUGAAGGCUAUUCCAUGCGAGAAAUUGCCAAGAAACUGAAGAUCUCGUACAACACUGUGUACUACUCCCUUCACAGAACUUCUAUUCUGGCUCUAACCAGAAUAGAAGCUAACACAACGUGCCAUUGAAACACAGGAGUGAUGGUUGCUGAUAAUGGGCCUCUGUAAACCUAUGUAGAUAAUCCAUACAAAAUUAGCUGUUUCCAGCUACAAUAGUCAUUUACAACAUUAACAAUGUCUACACUGUAUUUCUGAUCAAUUUGAUGUUAUUUUAAACAAGGACAUUUCUAAGUGACCCCAAACUUUUGAACAGUAGUGUAUGUUUAUAUAUAGAGCUACAGUUGUAGUCCCAAAUGGAACCCUAUUCACUAGGACAUAUAUAUAAAGCUACAGUCGUAGUCCCAAAUGGAACCCUAUUCACUAGGACAUAUAUAUAAAGCUACAGUCAGUUGUAGUCCCAAAUGGAACCCUAUUCACUAGGACAUAUAUAUAAAGCUACAGUCGUAGUCCCAAAUGGAACCCUAUUCACUAGGACAUAUAUAUAAAGCUACAGUCAGUUGUAGUCCCAAAUGGAACCCUAUUCACUAUGACAUAUGUAUAUAUAAAGCUACAGUCAGUUGUAGUCCCAAAUGGAACCCUAUUCACUAUGACAUAUGUAUAUAUAAAGCUACAGUCAGUUGUAGUCCCAAAUGGAACCCUAUUCACUAGGACAUAUAUAUAAAGCUACAGUCGUAGUCCCAAAUGGAACCCUAUUCACUAGGACGUGUAUAUAUAGAGCUACAGUCGUAGUCCCAAAUGGAACCCUAUUCACUAGGACAUAUAUAUAAAGCUACAGUCGUAGUCCCAAAUGGAACCCUAUUCACUAGGACAUAUAUAUAAAGCUACAGUCGUAGUCCCAAAUGGAACCCUAUUCACUAGGACAUAUAUAUAAAGCUACAGUCAGUUGUAGUCCCAAAUGGAACCCUAUUCACUAGGACAUAUAUAUAUAAAGCUACAGUAGUAGUCCCAAAUGGAACCCUAUUCACUAAGACGUGUAUAUAAAGCUACAGUCAGUUGUAGUUCCAAAUGGAACCCUAUUCACUAGGACAUAUAUAUAAAGCUACAGUCAUAGUCCCAAAUGGAAGCCUAUUCUCUAGGACAUAUAGUGCACUACAUUUGACCAGAGUCCUAUGGGAAUAGUAUCUUGUCAUUUUGGGUUUCAUCAAAAGACAAAAUUGUCUUUAUUACUGUGCCGGUGUACAAGUAGAGUUAUUCAGUUAUCUAUUACUCCCAAGUUGUCAAUAAAAAAAAGACAUUGACUAACAA